UACGUGCCAUGCUCUGCAUGAACGUGUCCACACUGCAGACUCAGAGGAUAACAGUCUGCAGUAGAGUUGUGACAUACUAAAUUUUCUGUCUCUCCAAAAUAUUUGAUUCAUAAAAAUAAAACACAGGAGCUUUUACACAUAAAUGGGGACCAUUUGGUUUGUAGUUUGGAGUGUUUGGAUCUUCUUGAGUCAGACUGCAGCUGCAGAGGAAUCACCAUGUCAGCCUGGAUUUGAGUCAGAGAUGUUAAUAUUAAAAGUGAGCAACAAAGCCCUGAAGCAAGGCACAAGACUCGGCAAAGUUGUCUUCACUGACUGCACGGGCCGCACACAGUUUCUCUUCAGCACAGAUGACAGCCAUUUUGUUGUAGAGCCUGAUGGAAUAAUAACUGUAAAUAGACAGGCUGUCCUUCAUGAGGGGAACCAGAACUUCUCGGUCCAUGUGUGGGAUUCACAAGGUCAGAAAAUGACUCUUCCUGUCAGGUUGUUGUAUCAGGAUCAUCACUAUAUGAACAACCAUCUGGAUGCUGAAUCUCAUCAUGAGGCUCAUAAACUCAACACCCAGCUUCAUGAUCAGCUGGACUCUGAUAGGAAUCAGCAGGAUCCAGCUGAUCCUCAGAUCCCCGUCCUGGAUUUCAUCAAAUCCAGUCCAGGGCUGAAGAGGAGGAAGAGAAAUUGGGUUAUCCCUCCCAUGAAUAUUGCUGAAAAUCAUAGAGGACCUUUACCUGUGUUUAUUGUUCAGAUCCGCUCUGAUAGAGAUAAGACGAAGAAGAUCUUAUACAGCAUCACUGGUCCUGGAGCAGAUCAGCCUCCUGUUGGUCUUUUCAUCAUGGACAGAGACACUGGUUAUCUGUAUGUCACACAGGGACUGGACAGAGAGAAACAGGACAAGUACAGGGUCAGUGUUUUCUCUACUAUCAGUAAGGUGCCUCAUUCACACCAGUCCUGUUUCGCUGCUUUAAUAGAACUAAAAGGUCCAGUUGGUUUGGGGAAGUGUGAAUGUGUAAUCAAACUCUGA